AUGGAAGUCAGCCUGUCACAGAUUUGUGAACUUCUUGGGGAACGAAUUGAAAAGUAUAAUUCUAUACCGAAGAAACGGAAGCUAAGUAAAGUUAAGCGUCUGAUGACGUCAACCCCGAUUCUUGAGGCUUUUCCGGCGAAAAUGUUUUCUCCAAAUCUAGUGCUUUCUCCGGCACCAACUGUUAACUCCGAAAAGAGGUGUACGCCGAGAAAAAGAGCUACUCGUGAUGGAUUACGAGGAAAGAAGUUGAUUUUCCAUGAUGAUGAAGACGACAGCGUGAACUAG